AUGGCAUCAUGUGAUGAUAAAAUCGACUUCAGAAGCCCUUCUCUCAGCCAUCCGUCUAUGGGAAUUGACCUACCAAAGGUGGCGAGGAGGCAUCUUCAGAAACGUGAUUGUAAUGUCACCAUCGACCCCAGCAAGCUCGACUUCACCCACGGCGUCGCAUCUGGAGAUCCAUACCCCAACUCGGUAAUUCUUUGGAUCCACAUUUCACCGCAGCUGGAGAACGGUCGCUUCAAUGUCACCGUUGCGGGAACUGUACCUUUGUAUCCUCAUGAGACCGAUCGCUACAUCCGUGCAUCAACCAGCCCGAUUUGCGUCCAUUACCAGGACGACCAUGAUGUCAGCAGCAACAGCUACCGUGACGACUCCUCGUCACUGAACAACACUGAGAGCUCUUUCAUGCGCAAUGGUAGUGUCUCUGUCGACCAGCGUAAGAUGAACGCUGUGCGCGCCUACUUCGAGUGGAUGCCAAUUGAACAGAAUGACGGAGGCCGCAGUCUCAUGGGAUCUGCACAAGAGAACUGGUCCUACCGCGCUCUGACAGGAAGUAAGGAACAAGGUGCUGCCUGGCGUGUCAUCGGCAAUCAGAUUGUCGUGUCGAGGGUCAACAUCUCUUCAUGGUUUGGGUCGGAGGAGAAACCCUACAACUACAAUCAAUGAGAAGGAUACACG